AUGUGCAGCGGCGGCAGCGAUGUAACACGGCAGCGCAGCAAGCGGGUUGCAGCGCGCCAAAAGGGGUUCUACUGUGCCGAGUAUUUCCACGCGGUGUUGACGACGACGACGAACAAUGCCACUGUGGGCACCUGUGCGCACAGCCUCGGGGUGCCGGCGGUACCGGGCGGCGCCACGCUGGUGAUGGAGGCGGAGCUGGUGGCGGUGAGCGACGCGCUGGACGCGGGCUCCCUCCCCGUCGACGACCGCGCCGCCCUCGCUCACCGCAAGCGCGAGCGCGGCAACCACUACUUCCAGCGCGGCGACUACACGCACGCCAUCGCCUCGUACGACCGCGCCAUCAAGAUCGCCGACACGGAGAGCUCCGUGGCGAGUAGCGAAGACGAGGACCGCUCCCCGCUGCUCGACGUCAAGCUCAAGUGCCUCAACAACGUGGCGGCCGCGCAGCUGCGCCUGGACCAGCGCGACGCGGCGCUGAGGUCGUGCGAGGCGGCGCUCGCCCUGCAGCCCGACAGCGUCAAGGCGCUCUUCCGCAAGGGCAAGGUUUUGGCACUGCAAGGGGAGUUCUCGCAGGCCGCAGACACGCUCAGGAGGGCCCUCAAGCUUGAGCCGUCGAACAAGACGAUCCAGGCAGAGCUGCACAAGCUCAGGAGGCAGCGCAGCGAGCAGCAGGCCGAAGAAAAGACGCUGUACAAGAAGAUGCUGGGCAACAUGGCCGUGCCUGCCGACGAUGCGGAGCGCGGGAAGCCGGGCUCCUGGGGCCUCCCCUGGAAGUGGGUUUUCGGAGCGGCCACAAUCGCGCUGGGAAGCAUCAUCGUCUCCAUCAUCGUGGCAGCCAGGAGCUAGGUGGCGGCACCUCAACGCUCCCCAUACGAACCUCCUCGACUGCUCCACAAUCGCCCUGCGGCCCCUCCACGAGGGGGUAAACCCUUGCCUUCGGUACCAUCCCCCCCCCAAACCCUCCGCACCCUCCACCAAGCACCUGACACCCUCCCGCCACACCCCACCCCACCCCUGAUUCUCCUUGCCCUGUCCGUCGUAUCGAGGUAAACUCGGGGGGGCCCCCCCCAUGGCAUCCGUCUGCAGGUACCAGCAAUGGCCAAAAUAUCUGUUGCUGCCGGCCACGCUGUCUUGAGCGGAGGGCGAGUUGUUGGGCAGUGCGUGUUUCUGGUGUUCGGCGUGGUAUCCGACGGGAGCGCUUGGCGGCGAAACGUCGGACAUUGUGCCGAAUUUCGAUUUAAAGCUUUCGUGACUGCAGGGAUUCAUCUUCUUGGUUCUUUCGGUAAAGUCACGUGGAAGGGAAAUAAUAAAAUAAUAAAAAUAAAACAUAAUAAAAUUUAGAUUUAAAGCUUUCGUGACUGCAGGGAUUCAUCUUCUUGGUUCUUUCGGUAAAGUCACAUAGAAGGGAAGUAAUAAAAUAAUAAAAAUAAAAUGACGUUUCGGCCACAACGCAAACCAGGUCUGUCGAAGGCGACAGCGUCUCGACAGACCUGGUCUUCGCCUGAGGACGGUUGCUUGCGUUGUGGCGGAAACGUCGUGAGAAUUAUUUUAUGUUUUAUUUUUAUUAUUUUACUACUUCCCUUCUACGUGACUUUACCGAAAGAACCAAGAAGAUUGUGACGAAUGACAAAGCACAUCGGAGAGCCGAGCAGCACGACUGCGAUCAUCCCCGCGGUGGGUUUUUAACUCUUUGUCUUCCCGCUUCGGAACAUUUUCAGAAGUCUCGGCACGUGGGUCGUUGUGGAGUGGGGUUGUCGAGGUUGCAGCGCGUGUUCUUUAACUUCGCCGCUUCACAAUCGUUUGUCAGUUGGUUCUUGUCUUGCGAUAAAUUCCUUGAAUAAUACGACGAUAAUGAUAAUUACCUUUUAUUGUUAACCUCGGCUGUAACGACGCGGUGGGACACCGCCCAGAACUGAAUAUUUCACUAUUUCCUGGGUCCGCUGGUAAGACCGGAGGAGGUGGCGCUUGACUUGGUAUUCGCCACAAUCCGCAGCCGAAGGUGUGUACUGGAUGUGGUGUGCCGGGUGUGGAAAUAUUUUCCGGGGUCUUCGACUUGGGGGCAGAUGCAGCCAAAAUGAAUCCCUGGACUCUAGAGCAGAAUGCGGAGAUCGUACAAUUCUGGCUCUCUGGCUUAUGUGGCUCCAUGUGUGGCUCCGAAAAGUGAUUAUUCCCGAAGCCAACCUCUAAGGCAAUAAUAAUCAUCUGCUUCCUGCUGCUGCUGCUGUAAUAACGUAUGCAUGCACGGUCGUCGUCGUUUAACUAACCGCGUUAGUGGGGGUGGCAGCGACGUUAUUCGUGCCUCGGUUAGUAUCGAGCACUAAGGUUCACGAGGACACAUGGGCAUCUACGGAUCACGCGUGGCAGAAUGGAUGUCGUAUUUUGGAUCGUGUGAUUAUUGGAUCUGCGUCCCACUAGAGGCAGCUGUAAAUGUCAGCCGAGUCGCUUCGCUGAAUUGGGUGUCGCGACGGAUUUAUGGGAUUGUCCCACCCCGAAAUCUCUAGUGCGUGCUUUGUGUUGUGAUGACGCACACCCCAAGUGCACCUUCCUUGUACUUCACAUGCAACCCAAGUAACUUUUACCCACCAAUGCGCUCAUGUCUUGAGUCGAUUCAAGUCUGAAACCGCACGGAACACAUUGUUUUAGAGAAUAACACGAAAGUGAAUCAAAUUCUCAAGUAAAAAAAAAAAUCUACGGGGCAAGCUGGUUCAGUCGUAAGGAACGCUUGCAAGCAUUUUUCAGUCCCAUCGAACCAGCGGCAUAGCUGUUGAUUGUGCCAGGCUCUGAAGAGAGGGAUUAGGAUGGGACGGGGGGUUGGGCGGGGGGGAUUGUGCCCAUUUCAUUCCUUGUAUUGGAGGCCGAUGAGUUGAACAAAACCAAGUAUCCUGAUUGCAAAUGUGAAUCUCAACAAAAGUGGGACCGGGUCCGCGUGAAACGCCCCUUCACGUGACGCGUUCAACAUUACUCCGGUGUAAAGUUCGUCGGAAAUUCUACCGAUUGGGCCCCUGGGCGUCUCGCGUGACCAGACUUUGUCUCUGUGGUCUGGGGGUGCGAGGUUGAGGGACUAAGUUAUAACCAGGAUCGAGUCGAGCCUGGUCAAUUGUCCACCCAUCCCACCGGCGGUCAUCUGCACCCGACUCUGGGUGCAGAUGACCCUGGGUGGGCCCCUUGAAGAGAAUCUUAACGCCUCCCGGCGCUUCACCAAAGUUGCUCGAACUGCAGCGCAGAGGUCGCAACCGGGUACCCGAUACCCGUACCCUACCCGAUACCCGGCCGGGUACGGGUACGGCCGGGUACGGGUACGGGUACCCGUUUGCGACCCUGGUGCGGCCGGGUACGGGUAAGGAAUCAUAACCCGUUUGCGACCUCUGCCGCAGCGUUCCAGAGGACGGAUGUCUCCGAUUUCCCCGUGGCUGCUCAUGGUACCAAUUUCCUGGCCAUCGCCCCCCCCCCCCUUUCUCCCCCCCCCCUCCCCCAAAAUUUAAGACCAAACUUUUUUUCCACCGUUUUUUUUUUGCAAGCACAUACACGUGUGUCUGGGGAAUUAAAGAGGAUUACUAGUUGUUGUAACGCGUCCUAUUUAACGUUAAUACUAUGAAUGAUCUGUAUAAAUGUUUAUCGAAUUAUUUGGAAAUAAAUUAAUUACAUAGUCUGUG